CAGCAGGGAAAGGCUGGAAUUUGAACAAAAGAGAGGUAAUUGAGCUCUUGAGUCUGAUGUCUCAAUAAGCCAGGAUUGAUUCUGGAAGCCCCAGGCCCCUGCUGGCAAGAGGCUGGCAUUUCUGGGACAGGACCAGGCAAAAACAGGAAGGUAAGAUUUCUUGGCUCUUUUUCCUGUUUGACAGCAGCAACCUGGCACCAAAGAACUUUAUCUUCUUUCAUCUUCCCACCUUAGCCACCCCAUCCUUCCUCCCUGUCUCAUCUCCCUGGGGAAAGCAGCCCCCACCUCAGCAUCCCAGAGGUACCCCAAUAGCACCCAGCUUCUCACUCUGGAUGUGACUGUCCCAGCCAAGACUCAUCCUCAGCCAGAAGAGCUUGCUUUAGGGAUCCAUACCCAUCAGUUUUUCCUGAUAAGACAGGCAGGCUAGGGCAGGAAGUAAGGGAGGGGAAGAUGAAGGCAAGUUGGUGCUGGCCUUCCCUCUGCUCCCACCCCACCCACAAUUCCCCUAUCAGAAUUUGUGUGUGCCAAUAUGAUUGUGUGAUUGAAUGAUUGUGAAGACACAACUACGUGGGAGUGGGACUUUGAGUACAACUGGGGCUAUGUGAUUCUGUCUUUGGUUGUCUGACUGUGUAAGGCUGAGUGAGUGGUUGAGGUGUGACUGAAUGUGACUGUGGGUAUGUGAGUGUGAAUGUCCAUCAUUGGAUGCCACUGUGGAUACUUAGGUGCCCUUACUCAGUCACUGUACCAUCAGUCGUCACAUCAUGCCCUGCCCCUCUCUCCAGCUUCUCUGUCCAGGGCUUAGAAGCCAUGGGAAAUGGCAGCCCUAGAAGAGGAAGGGGUCUGUGGCAAUUAGGGCCCAGGAAUGUCACAGGAUGAGCAAUACAUCUUCACCUGCCUCUGACUCACCUGGUGCCCCAGGUAAAAGGCACCCAGAUAAAAGGUAGGGGAGGAGGAGGAGAGAGAAGUAUCCAGGCUGAGCAGCAUGAAGGGGCCCUCAUCCACAAGCAGCCUCCUGCUGCUCCUGUUGCUGCUGAGCCCAGACCCUGGAGCAGCCCUGCCACUGCCAACCAGCAUUACCUGCUGUACUCAGCUCUACCGCCAGCCACUCUCGAACAAGCUACUGAGAAGGGUCAUCCGGGUGGAAGUGCAGGAAGCUGAUGGGGACUGUCACCUCCAGGCCUUCGUGCUUCACCUGUCUCAACGCAGUGUCUGCAUCCACCCUCAGAACCGCAGCCUGGCUCGGUGGUUUGAGCGCCAAGGGAGGAGACUCCAGGGCACUCUGCCUAACCUGAAUUUGGGGCUGACAGGGAAAAUGGACCAGGGCCCCCAGUAGCCGAAACAAUAAAGCAGCAUUGGACAAU